AGUGAAGGGAAGCUGUGGGAAGGAAGUGCAAAUAUCGCAGCAGAGAGAAACCCGGUCAACCAACCUACUUGCGGCCAACAGAGCAUCAGAGUGCAGCCGCAUUGUGCCGGCCGCGGGCGGUGUUUACAAAGGGAGCAGUGUAUGUUGGCUCCGUGUGUCAAUAUAGGCUUGGCCUUAUGGUUCGCAAGAUUUUCUAACGGUCUUGUGCCGCCCACCGAGCCGAGUCGAAGGACGCACCUUUACGUCGCCGCGGAACGAAUGGAGCGCUAAUCGGCAAUCGGUUUCCUCCCAGCGAUCGAUGCCGCCAUCGAUGGCAACUAUAGAUUCAGAAACACUACGGUCCUGCCAUUGGAAUGAUCAGACGAUUGGGCGCUGUCCAUGUUCACCGCAGAGCGCAACCGUAUCCACGUUUGGGCCGGCCGAGCCAACUGCUAUGGCCAGUAGCACCGAGCUCAGCGAAAGCGAAAUGUCUCCAACGGUACAGUCAGAAGCGACGACCAUCGAGCCAUUAACCUCGGAGGACGGAGCAGCAGCAGCAGUCGGUGCCGGAUCGCCAUCCGUACCGUCUUCACCGACCGUGCGGAAGUUCCUGGCCGAAAGUCCCGGUGACGUACCGGAGUACAGCCAUGCCGGCGACAACCCCAGCAAUAGCAGCAGCAGCAGCAGCAGCAGCAAUAACAACAGUGCUAGCAUGAAAUGCCUCAAUUUUGCCCGCCCAUCCUCGACCCCACACCACCACCACCACAGCGCAAGCGGCGACGAGUCCGCGGACCGCGAGAGCGUACGGCUCCAGCCGACCCCAACGUUAGAUAGCGCCGACGGUAAUCAAUUCGACGGCCGCCACAGCCUUAGCUGCCGGAAGAUGGGUACCAGUGGUUCCGUGAUAGUUUCCGGCGACGGCGGCAACGACGACGACGGUCACCGGAAACCGGCCGCCGUCAGUGGGCUGGCGCGCGGGCUCGCCGACGUGGUUCGGGUGUCGACCAGCGUGCCGCAACCGGUGAUCAUCCGCACCGAGUCUCCGGCCGAGGCCGGCCGGCACGGUCAAGAUAACGACGACAUGUUGGAGGCGUCGAACCGGUCCGAGUCGCAGCUCGAGAUCGGCAUGGCCUGCAUCGACGGCGGAGGUGGGGGCCGCGGCGGCGGCGGGGUCGGUGGGCUGAAGGGACGCGUGCUGCCCAAGCUGCAGACGCUCGACCAGACGACGCGCCCGAUCUACCCGAACGUGCCGUACAGCCCGUACAACAGCCCGUACGGAAGUCCACGUAGCGGCCGCCGGAGGACGCCGCUGCGGGAGUCGCGCCGCGUGUCGAUCGAACAGUCAGGAAGCUUUCUGCAGCUGAACCAGUAUAAGCUGCUCGAUCAGAUCGGACAGGGUUCCUACGGGCUGGUGAAGCUGGCGUACUCGGAAGAAGACUCGACGCACUACGCGAUGAAAAUCCUCUCGAAGCGGAAGCUCCUGCGAAAGGCGGGCCUGAUGCGGCGCGGCCCCAAGCGCGGCACUUCGCCACUGGACCGGGUCUACCGGGAGAUUGCCGUCCUGAAGAAGCUGGACCAUCCGAACGUGGUGAAGCUGGUCGAGGUGUUGGAUGAUCCGUUGGAGGACGAUUUCUAUCUGGUUUUCGAGCUGGUGCAGCAGGGCGAGGUACUGAGCAUCCCGACCGAUACGCCCAUGAGCGAGGAACGUGCCUGGAAUGUGUUUCGGGACGUGCUGCUUGGCGUCGAAUAUCUGCACUACCAGCGCAUCAUCCACGGCGACCUGAAGCCGGCCAAUCUGUUGCUGUCGGACGUGGGCAGCGUGAAGGUGGCCGACCUGGGCGUCUGCAACGAGUUUCUCGGCGAGGACGCGGCCAUGAACAAUGGAUCGACGGCGGGGACACCGGCGUUCCGCGCCCCGGAGACGCUGCUGCCCGGGCAGCACUUCUACAAUGGCAAGGCGGCGGACAUCUGGGCGCUCGGGGCCACCCUGUACUCGCUGGUCCACGGCAACGUACCGUUCAUUGCGAUGUCCGUGCCGGGCGUGUACGAGAAGAUCAAAAACGAUCCCCUAGAGUAUCCGGCGACCAGCGGCAUCAGCGAGGCGUUGCGCGAUCUGAUCGGCCGAAUGCUGGACAAGGACCCGCAGCAGCGCAUCACGCUGCCCCAGAUCAAGGAGCACCCGUGGCUGACGAAACAUGCCACGGUCCGGCUGCCGACGGAGGAGGAAAACUGCCGCCUGGUACAGAUCAGCGACGAGGAUAUGAGCAGCGUGGUCAAGAGCAUCCCCAAGCUGGACACUCUGAUCCUCAUCAAGACGAUGCUGAAGAAGCACUCGUUUCAGAACCCGUUCACCAAGGGCAUCUCGGGACGGGCGCCCCAGGCCGGUGGCUCACGGUUAGAGCGGUUCUGUCGCUCGGGACGCUCCAACUCGGCGCCGGGCGAUUACCACACGUCCGAGCGUCAAUCAUCCAACGAAUCACUGCUUCCGUCGGUCACCGAAGGGGUCACAAGCCCACUCGGUAGCCCUGAACAGACCAUCAGCAUCACCUCGGCGAUGGACAGCCUUACGUUGAUAUCGGAUACUUCCAAUCCAUCCUCCAGCACUGACAAUGACAGCACAACGGUAAAAAUAGUCAAAGCUUCGCCCCAGUAGUCCAUUGGUGAUCUAGAUUUACGUACGUAGUACUACAUUUCUGGACGUACUACAUUUUCUGGAUCCCAACUAGAAGUACUGAAGUGUGUGCAAGUUUAGAGCCGCUCCCUGCGUAUUGGUUUCCUGCUCUAGUCUCCUGCCAAUAUCUACUCUCUCUCUCGUUCUCUUUCUCUCUCUCUUUCUCGUUCUCUUUCUCUCUCGCUCUCUCUUCUCUUUGUUUCUGAUUCAUGAUUCUUUGUCUUUCACUUUUUUCUUCGUGUUUCCGCUUUUUUCAAUACUUUUUCAUUUUCUACCUUUCUUAAAUGCACUUAUUGCAACCUGUACCACGACCUAUGAACCCUUUCCUGUAGUCUCUUCUCAACACUCCGGAUUCGGAAGUGUUGCUUUAGUUUAAGUUGCCCGUUUCUAGUUACUUCAAGCACACGCGGGAUCCACCAUCGAGCGGAAGGACAGCGCACAUCAGAAAUGCUCAAGCAAUUUGAAAAUAUGAACUCGCAUACUGGAAACCCAACCAGGCCGGUGAAGGUGUUGGCUCCCGUUUGCAAGCAAUAUGCGAACGGAGGCAGGAAUAGAAACUACUGUAACGACGUGCAAUAGAUAAUCCUUGAUGCAAACUUCCUUCUAGCGUGUAGUGAAUGUGAAGAAGCAUUACUGUUAAGGUUCGACUUAGAUUACGAUCUACUGUUUCUCUACUAGUUAUUCCCGAGCACAAAUCACCGGGAUCACACUAUUAUGUUAAAGUCCACCGGAAAGUAACGGGCCUUCGAACCUUGUCGCCUUUGGCGCACACUGGCAGACCAACUGGCUACGGGAAACUUGUGUUAGGGUUUCGCACGCAAAAGAAAAAGGACAUGUUGUUUCCCAUCAGCAUCGCAAAAACAGUUUUUUAUCGACAGUUUGGCGACCUAUUAGUUAACCAUUGAUGCGCGUUAUCGAUGAUGACACAUUUUGUAACACGUAAAAUGUUGUAACAUAUUCAUUCGAGACAUUCCAGGCCACGAAACAAAAAAUGGUUACUGAGUGUAAUUCAGAAUAAAAUACGCUUUAUUACGCUAAGGAAGGUUUUACUGAAAUCCUCCACUCGGGCAGUAAAUCUCUCUGUCACAUCCUAUCACACACCUUUGAUAAGGAGUCGUUGGACGGUUCUGAACCUUGCGUGAGGACGAUUCCGUGUUCCACUGGAGUUCAGUGUAAUUUUCAAGGAUCAAGUUAAUCGAAAUGAUGCAGCAAAUAAAUUAACUCAUUCUAAUCGUUCCACUAUUGCAUUCUUGUGGGUUUUACUUUUUUGGAUAGCUACCUAACAUACUCUGCUGUCGCUAGUGGUGCCUGUUGACAGCAUAGUACAAUUCCAAUGAUAGAGCUAGGCAAAAUGGUUUCCCAUUUCUUCUGGGGCUGUUGGAAUUUAUGAUAACAAUUUUAAAUUUAGUGUAAUUAGAUGUGUUUCCUCCAAAGAAACGGGUUUUAGUGUUAGGUUUUUAUAUUGUUUUAGUGUUAAAUAUAGAUGACUAGAGAUCAUACCGUAAAUUUUUGCUAGGAGAUCCGAAAACGCACAUCAACAACGCGCAAGAUACGCGCCGAGAGCAAUAAGACUUUUGUUACGCAAAUGCACUGUACUCUUGGUACUCGUUUUUGGCCAAUGUUGCCAGAGGCGUAUGGGAGUGUUAAUACGAUUGAAAUACAUUGAUUUUGAUAUGUCACAGUUUCAAGUUGCUCUUCUGUUUUUUUUUAUUGAUAAAAUUCCACUUGUAAAUUGCAUCAGAGCUUCUAGCUUAAGAAUUAAACUGUUGUAGCUUGAACUGUUGUAUUGCAUUAUAAACAUGACCUGUUGAGCAUAAGCAUGUGUUGCCCCGUGAUUUAAAUACAACGAGAAAUUAUGUUUUUGGAACCAAAUGUUUUCUAGUGCAAAGAAGCAAACAGAAGGAGAAACGAUUCAAACAUAAACACGGAAUGCAAUUUAUGCAGUAUCACAAACCGUGGCACGACCAGAAUAUGAACCAAGUCCAAUGCUUUAAAUAGUUGAUACAUUGCAUUGUAAACUAGAGUCAGUGUACCUUGCGAAUGAGAGUCAUUGAAGAUAGGAAAGAUGGGAAAAUGAGUCAUUGAAGAUAGGAAAAGGGUACACGUUGUUAGAUAAAACCGUUACAUUUCAAAACUUUUUAAGAACUGUAGCCAACAGAACGAUACGGUCUGGCUUAGUACGAAGAAUUGCAAACCAAAUUGUAUUGCUAAUCAUCUUAAUGAGAUGCCGAUAAAAAUGGAUAAGAAAUCAUGCAAACACAUGAAAUGUGAACAUUUUAGUAAUUCCCACAACUAAACAAAAAAAAGCAUUAUAAAGCGAAACACAGAGCAAAGCAUUUGAUCAAAAUAACUACGAGUCUGCGGUUUUGUAAGUACAUUUUGCUAUCUGACCCACUAAAGCAUAUCACUGAGCACCGACCGAAGUGGAUUCCUAGAAGGAUUGAGAAAACAAGGCGCUGUAGAGUAUCAGAACGCCCGAAACAGGCGAGGGGUGUUAUGAAUGAAAGAAAAAUCCUGCAACCUGAAAGCCCAAUUAUGAAUUACGCUGACACUUUACAUAUUAAGCGGCAAUGACGAUACACGGAUCGGUCAGCCAAACAAUCUAGUUGCGUGAUAAGAAAUCCCGGAGAGGGUCGAAAAGGGCCCACGCAAUUCUGGCUAAGCUUUCCUCUCGAUGGAACCCUUACGAUAGUGAUAGUUAAGCAAAGAAGUAAACAUAAAGAGAAGUAAAAUAUUCUUAACUUUUUUAUAAUACUAUUGCUCUUUUCAUAUUUCUCCAUUUGAGCGUAACCGUUAAGAUCCAGAUCAAUGCGCAAUGAAUUGGAAAAUGCCAAAAUGCACAUGGAAUAUAAAACAAGACGAAAAAACACACAAAACCUACUACCUAGCAAAUGAAGCUCGUUGCAAAUUUAACCUAACAUUCUCGAUGGAUAUAUAAGAUCCCUUUUCAACGGUGCACGCGUGGAAAUACUUGAAUACUUAAACAUUAAAGGCACACUUUUUCUCUCAUCUGCACUCUCUAAUUACUUGCACGAUAAUGUAUGGACUUUUCUCUUUCUUCGCAUCUUGCCAGUAAUUACUCUAAAUACUAGACGCUGUUGCAAUAGCCUUCACCGGUACCGUGCAAAAUAUAAUCAGUAACUAACUAGCAAACAGCAAAUGCAAUCGUAAUCGAUUCCAAUACCCCGUAGCUUAAUUAGCAGCCUUUUUUGCGUAAGUUUAUUUCAGUUUUAACUAAUUGAAUUUACUCUCCGUUGCAACUGGACAAUCAUGCUUGACUCUUUUAUUUGGCUCCUGGGCUACGCGAAAUCUGUUGGCCCAACCAUUAUUAGUUCGAAAAAGCAUAUGAGAAACCUAUUUGUAAUUACGUGGAGUCGUACCGUAAACCCUACGGUCGCGGUGUGAUUGAGAAAUUCUGCAUACAAUUUCAUAUUAUGCAUCAAAGCACAGAGAACCGUUCAAAGUUGUUCAUUUUGAAUCGGUCAAGCAGAUUGCUAGUUAUUUGACAACCUUCAAGGCGAGCAAUUUAAAGUUUAAUUAUACACAGUACCGAGCUCCUAUUCUAGCUAAGCACCAUGAAAGGUUAUACAAUCGAUUAUGCCAGAAAGGGUAUAUAUUUUAAAGUCUACAAAAACUAACAAGGGUAUAAGAUUGAAGCAAAUAAAAUCAUU